UGCAUAUGCGAACUCUUAUUAAAUAAGGCAUCCACAAUAAAAGAAGAAAACAAACACAGAGCUUGACCACAAAUAAAUAGUGCAUCAUUCUUUAAACUUUAAAGCAACCCAUCUUCAUUUUGAGUCGACACACUCAACCUCAUUUCGCACAGAAUCAUAUGAUGGAGGGCAUUUCGCACAGAAUGGUGAACGUAAACGGCAUAAACAUGCACGUAGCCGAGAAGGGCCAUGGCCCCACCGUCCUCCUCCUCCACGGCUUCCCCGAGCUCUGGUACACCUGGCGCCACCAGAUUCUCGCCCUCUCCGCCCUCGGCUACCGCGCGGUCGCCCCCGACCUCCGCGGCUUCGGCGACUCCGACGCCCCGCCAGAUUCCCCCAGCUACUCGUGCCUCCACGUGGCCGGCGACAUUGUGGCGCUCAUUGAGUCCCUCAGCGGCGGCGACCCGGUUUUCCUGGUGGCUCACGACUGGGGCGCCAUGGUCGGUUGGUACCUCUGCCUUUUCCGCCCAGAUUUAGUCAAGGCAUUCGUCUCACUAACGGUGCCGUUUCGCCCCCGCCAUCCCACCGUCAAGCCCAUCGCCGGCAUGCGGGCUUUCUUUGGAGAUGAAUACUACAUGUGCAGAUUUCAGGAAGUCGGAAAAGUCGAAUCAGAAAUGGCAGCAUACGGAGCGGAAGCAGUGAUAAAGAAGAUCCUAACGGACCGCACACCCGGGCCGCCCCGUCUACCUAAAGAAAAGCCUUUCGGAGAGGACCCGAAGAGCAUAAAGCUGCCACAUUGGUUCACUGAAGAAGACCUGAAAUACUACGCUGAUAAAUACAAUCAGAAUGGCUUCACUGGUGGUCUCAAUUACUACCGCGCACUUGAUUUGAACUGGGAGCUGACGGCUGCAUGGGCGGGAGCGAAGGUGAGAGUACCGGUGAAGUUCAUGGUGGGAGAUCUGGACAUGGUGUAUACUACGCCGGGAGUGAAGGAGUACGUGCACGGAGGCGGGUUCAAGAAAGAUGUGCCGUUGCUGGAGGAGUGUGUGGUGGUGGAGGAUACUGGCCACUUCAUCAACCAGGAGAGACCUCAAGAGGUUAAUGCUUGUCUUCAUGAAUUUUUCACCAAGUUUGUAGCUUAAUUAGCUACCUACUAUUCUCCAAUAUCUUCUACUACUAUCCUAACCAGAUUCAGUUAGCAUAGCCUAGACCUUUUCCAAUUCCAUGUUGUUUUGUUUUGGACCUUUCUUUUUUCUUGAUUGGUAAGUAAAUGUAUUAAACAACUUCACAGCUUCAACAUGCAUGGACUGUUGCUUUGAUU